AUGUAUAUUUUUUGUUUAGGUAUCGUACCAAAACAUGAGCCAUAUGUAGUGCAUACAUCAGUCGACUAUACAAAUUGCCUCGUACCGCGGCUUGAUUUGAUUUUAGCAUCACCAUUCUACUGGGGCGUUAUGGAUCGUUAUGAGGCUGAAGCCUUACUGUGCGACCAGGCAGAGGGUACAUUUCUGCUGCGCGACAGCGCUCAGUCGACUUAUCUGUUCUCAGUAUCGUUUCGUCGAUAUAAUCGAACAUUACAUGCACGCAUUGAGCAGAAAAAUCAUCGUUUCAGUUUCGAUGCUUCCGAUACAUCACUUUAUUCAGCAGACACAAUAACUGAGCUUAUCGCUUAUUAUAAGGAUCCAAGCAGGUGUCUGUUCUAUGAGCCACAAUUAUCGGAGCCACUUCGGCGGAAUUUUGUUUUUCCACUACAGCAUCUGUGUCGCGCUGUCAUCGCUAGCUUAACGACAUACGACGGCAUUGAAAAGCUGAAUUUACCCAGUUCACUGAAACGCUUCAUCCAGGAAUAUCACUACAGGCAUCCGGUGAAAACGAUCAAUUACGUCCCGCAUACGGAACUUCUCUGUGUGCCCGUCGCAUCCACCUAA